UGCUUGUGUUUUGUAGCGUGGUGUUUUGUUUUUUGUUUUUUCGCCCCGCACCGCACUCUGACAAAUGCAGCACGUCAAGUACCAACCGGUGCGAUCGACGGACGACGACCACGCACAAGCUGCUGCUGCUGCUGCUGCUGCUGCUGCUGCUGCACAAUCACAGUCAUACACUCAUGGGGAUGAUGCUGAUACCGGGAUUGACCCGUCGAACUGCCUGCCGCACUUGCGCACGACGGCGAGUCGCAUGACACGGCCAGCAGCGGCAGCAGCGACGUCGCGGGUGUACGUCCCACGGCGCUUCAUGGUGGUCUCGCUCACAACAGCAUGCACUUGGACGGUGUAUGUGCUGCGCGUCUGCAUGAGCGUCGCCAUCAUCACCAUGGCCAAGCCGGAGCAGUACGACUACUCUGAGACCGAGCAGGGCUUCAUUCUCGCCUCCUUCUUUUACGGCUACAUUACAACACAGCUCGCCGGAGCCUAUCUAUCCAAAAAGUACGGCGCCAAGCAAGUCCUCGGCAUCGGAACGCUGAUUGCGUCGCUGAUGACUGCCCUGACCCCGGUCGCGGCGUCGGGUGGAAUUGCACCGCUGAUUGCCGUUCGCGUGCUGAUGGGCAUUGCAGAGGGCGUCACCUACCCGUCGAUUCACGAUCUCAUGGGUCGCUGGACGCCGCAGGAAGAGUCGUCGCGCUCCGUCUCGAUUGUUUGGAGCGGCGCACAGCUGGGCACCGCCAUCACGAUGGGCCUCACACCCGUGAUUAUCAAUGGCGUGGGCUGGCGCGGCGCCUUUUACAUCAUGGCGAGCAUCGGCGUCCUGUGGUAUCUCUUGUGGUUUAAGUUUGUCUCCAGUGCGCCCGACCAGCACCCAACCAUCGAUCCCGCCGAGCUUGCCUACAUUGCUGCGCACGUCAAACCCGACCACGGUCCCGAAGCGCCCCUGUCGGCGGUCGAUCAACCGGAUCCGGCGCAGUUUGAGCACCCACCGACCAUCGGCCGCAGCCUGUCUGGCGCAACCGCCGUUGUCAACGCCGCUCCCGACCUUUCGGAAGACGACCGGGCGCACAUCCCAUGGAAGACGAUCAUCUCUCAGCGCGUCGUGUGGGCUCUCAUCAUUACCAACUUUACCGUGAACUGGAGCUACUACACCCUGCUCACCUUCCUACCAAAGUACAUCCACAACGUGAUUGGAUUUGAUCUCGAGAGCGCAGGCUUUUUGGCAGUGCUGCCGUACUUGUCCAUGUUUGGCGUUGCGAUUGUGGCGGGCCGCAUUUCCGACUACUGCAUCGGCAACCUUGGAUUCAAGCGCAUUCGUGUGCGGUAUGCCUUGGUGGCCUGUGGCUCCGUGGUGCCUGCCAUCUUCCUCGCCGCCAUGGGCUACCUGGACAGCCAAGCCGCUGCCGUGACGUUUAUUGUGAUUGCCGUCGGCUUUGCUGGCUGCAAUCUGCCUGGCUACGGGUCCUACCCGCUCGACAUUGCGCCUCACUAUGCGGGUGUUAUGAUUGGCCUGAGCAACACUGCGGGUACCAUUCCCGGCAUCAUUUCGCCGACCCUGACUGGUGUCAUGCUCGAUGCUGGAGACUGCCAGGAUAGCUAUCCAGAGAAUGACUCGUGCCGACGAGCGUGGAAGGUUGUGUUUUUCCUGGCGGCAGGCGUCUACGUGCUCGGCCUCGUGAUUUUUAUGCUUUUGGCGCACGGCCGUCGCAUCCAAGAGCUCGAUCCGCACCACGUAGCUGCCGAGCGGCAACGCCAGCGCGAGCUCAAGCAGACGCGAGCGCUUGGAUCGUACGGAUCGACGUCUCGGUUGUUGUAAAAGCGUGUUUCAAAUAGAUUGAUGUUUUGCCGA